UCCGCGCCCGGCCUGCAAAGUUACGCUAUAUGGUUUCUUGCGGUUCAGUUUGCGUUUGGCCGCAAAGAGAUAAAAGAGCCGUAAUACGAACGUCCGCUCGUCACCGAAGGCAAGAAUCCGAAAGAGACAAGGCGGCAUUUCACAACCAUGGAAAACCUGCUGAAAUCCGAACUGAAAACCACCGUUUUGAAGCUCUUGGGUGGCUCAAGAGGAGGGUGCAUAUGCCAAGGACAAGCCUACGAGACCGACGGAGGACGAGUGUUUGUUAAAAGCAACACCAAGCCCCAGGCUAGGAUUAUGCUUGAAGGUGAAAUAGCAAGUUUAAGAGAAAUUCAGAAAACCAACACCAUACGGGUUCCUCAGCCAAUUAAAGUGAUGGAUCUUCCUGGAGGUGGAGCCGCAUUUGCUAUGGAGUACAUAAAAAUGAAAAGCCUCAACAAAUAUUCAGCAAAACUUGGAGAACAAAUGGCAGAUCUUCAUCUUUACAAUAAAGAAAAUGGAGAAAAGCUAAGGAAAAAAGAACAAACAAUUGGAGUAGGCCAGACAGAACCUAAUUAUGUGGAUAAAUUUGGAUUUCAUCAGGUCACCUGCUACGGCAAUAUAACUCAGGUCAACGAGUGGCAAAAUGACUGGCCUACUUUUUUUAUUCGACACCGCCUCCAAGCCCAAAUGGAUUUAAUAGAAAGAGAUUAUGGAGACAGAAAAGCAAGAGAGUUGUGGGAACAGCUAAAGCCAAGGAUUCCAGAAAUGUUUCAUGACAUGCAAAUAAUUCCUGCACUUGUUCAUGGUGACCUGUGGUCAGGAAAUGUAGCUGAAGAUGACUAUGGACCAAUUGUCUUUGACCCAUCUUGUUUCUAUGGCCAUUCAGAAUUUGAACUUGCAAUUGCUAUGAUGUUUGGUGGAUUUAGUAGUUCUUUCUUCUCUGCAUAUCACAGCAAAAUCCCUAAGGCUCCAGGUUUUGAGAAACGUAAUGCCCUUUAUAAGUUAUUUAAUUAUAUAAAUCACUGGAACCAUUUUGGUACAGAAUUUCGGAGACCUUCUCUUACUGUAAUGCAAAGCCUUUUAAAAUAAUUGUCAUGCACAAUCAUUCUUAGUGAUUCCCCGUUUGGUACCUGUUGCUUCAAAUGCAUUGCAUUGGAAUGGUUACCUAGAAGACAGAGUUAAAUUGAUGUAGUAUACAUCUGCUUCUUCACAAAACCUUGCAGUGGGCUUGUAAUAAUUGCACACUAUGAUUAUCAAAUAGUACACAACUAAUUAUUUCAAAAACAGUUCAUCCUCGUGUUUCCUUAAAUGAACCUGCCCCAGUAAUAGCUCUGACAGAUAUUCAAAAUACUGCUUUCAUUUUCUCCUCUGCCUACAUCUAAGCCAGUUUACAGUUGUCUGCAGGUGUUCUAGUUGUAAAAUAAUGUUUUCUCUAUUUUCCCAACAAGGCUUUCCCCAUAAAUAUAUGGCAUAUUUCAUUACAAUAGCUGAGGGGAUGACUGUGGGUGUUUCCCCUCACCAAUAUUAUGACAAUAUACUUUGCUGGUGGUUUAGGGACUGAUGGGUAGCAUUUUAAUACAGCCAUCUAUCUUUGCCUUGAAUUAAAUAAAUGUUUAAUGGCUUGGAAUUCAGGAUAUUACACAUAUCUGGAGUAUGCCAGAUUGGAAAUGGCUACAAUAUGCCACAUAUGGACUGAUUAUGCCAUUCCCUUUUAGGAAACUAUUAUUGAUUACCUUGUGCCAACACGUCAAAAACAGUGUAUUGGCUGUUAGGACUUAUGGAUAGUCAACUGGAAAAGACUUGUGGAACAUCAUUUUUGUGCAUAGUAACUGCAGUGAGAUAAGUAUAUGUACAAAGAUGGAAAGAUUCUGAAAUAUCCACGAUAGAGGAGUGGUUAGUAAAGAUGAUAGAUUUGCAGAAAUGGCAAAACUUACUUGUUUGAUCAGGGAGAAGACAAGUAUAAUUAUGAGUGACUGGAAACCCUUUAUGGACUUUUUGCUGAAAACUGGAAAACAAUGAAGUGGUGAUUUAUGGAGUUGAUGAUUACAAAGAGAAGAUAUGGGAAGAAAGGAAUUAUGUUAUAACCUUGAAGGAGGAGGAUAGAAGGUAAUUAUUUUGUAACUGCUGUAAAGAAGAUUGGAGCCAAUCUUUUAUAUAUGUUCUUUUUUCCUACUUUUCUUUCUUCUAUCUUUUUUUUAUUCAGUCACUUGCCUUGCUCCCUUUUUUUAGUUCUUUUUAUUUUGUUUACAUUUGUUUGCUUUUACCAUUGUAUAAAAUACUAAAUUUUAUACAAUAAAUUUAGUAAAGUCACAAGCAUACACAAUGCUUUUGAUAUUUUAAUUUUAAUUCUUACUGACUCGGUUAGUAUAGUGAUCCAAAAGAAAUCAUGGUUAAUGAAGUUUCAAACUUCAUAUCUUUCCAUUUUCUCUCUUUAUAAGAAGAAUUACAUUAAAAUGUUGAAAAAUAGAGAAUAUUAGUCAUUGAUUUCCAUGCCACUUCAGGAUUCAUUUGACUGCUAUGUGGCAUUUAUAUACUGUAUUUCAUUUGAAAAAUUACUCUAAGGUCUCCUUUCCUUUAGAAAAUAAAUUGCAUUGUUAUUUUAUAACAAUAGAUUUUUGCAGUUUAGUGUUUAGCAUCUCUCAAAUACCUUUACAAAAUAGGAUGUUGAAAAUAAUUAACAAUCUUUGAAAUGUAUAUUAGAUAUGCCUAUAUGGUAAAUGAAAUACAAAUGAUUUUAGAGAAAAUUACUUUAUAAUAGUUGAUGGUCUCAAAAUUAUGCACUAACAUAGCUGAACUAUUUAUUGAAAUAAAAUAUUCAAUAUCUAUAA